UUCACAAAAUCUCACAGGCAGAGGACACCCAAACCAACCGCAACCAUGAUCCAAGGUUCAGCAAACAGCAGGAAAGAUAUUCUCCUCAACAUUUUCCUUAUCCUCCUGGCUACUAAAUUUGACAAAAGCUUUCAGUUUACGCUGAACGACUGCGGAUCAGAGUACAGACGUCCAGAGUAUACAGACAUCAGUGUAGACUGUGGAACGGAGUACAUCAAUCUGGCUAUCAAAUUCUGUCCUGUCAUGUACACCGGCUACAACGAAUCAGAGUUAAUUCUUAACAGCAUCAUGAAUAACCCAAACUGCCAGGCGACCGUCGAUACUACCGUCAUACCUCCCGUGGCUCGAUUUAGGUUCCCGCUUAACUCAACCAAUGCCUGCGGCAGCAACUUUGUCACAAUAAGGAGUAUAGGGACAGGCGUGUUCUCAGACUUCUCCAACAUCGAGACGGUCAACAUCAGUGGAAUUGUACGAUCGAAAGACAUCACAACAGGGACUGUGACGUAUAACGCGGAGCUCAAGUACUACUACUCGUGCUCCUAUCCUCUGGAGUACCUGAUCAACAACACUCGGGUGGAUGUGUCGUCCUCUUCGAUUGCAGUAAAAGACAACAAUGGCAGUUUCAUCAGCACGCUGAAUCUCAGACUAUUCAGAGAUAUAAACUACACCCAGCCUCUUGUCAUGCCUCCCUUCGGUAUUGAGCUGAGGACAAAUAUUUUUGUGCAAGUGGAGGCCACUAACUUGACCUCCCAGUACUUUGUGCUAUUAGACAGAUGCUAUGCCUCCAUUUCCACCACCCCUACUACCAGCAACUACUUCAACCUCUUUGUGCCUUGCGGCAGUGAUCGGCUCACGAAAAUGCUGGUGAAUGGAGAGAUGCAACUUGCUCGGUUUUCGUUUCCAGCCUUCCGCUUUACAGAGCAGCAGAACCAGACAGUAUCGACAUACUAUCUGCACUGCAUCACAAGAUUGUGUGAAAUAUCAACCUGCAGUACAUUUAGGCAAUGUGGCAAACGAAAACGGAGAGAUGUUGUGCCUUUGACCACCACUCCUUCUCCAAAUGGAGUGACAGACACCACCACCAUCACAUCACCAGCCAUCGUCAUACGUGCAGAAAAUGCGGUGGCAACAAAAGAGGAAGAAGUCACAGUCAGCACGAAAAAACCUUCAGACUCCUCUGUGGGUCUCGGCGUGGCCGUGGGCAUCCUGGCAUUCGCCUGCAUCAUGAUCGUAGGAAUGGGAGCAGUUUUCUACAAGAGACACUGGCACAACGCACCUUCAAAAAUGCCUCGGUGAGCUGAGACACCCUGCUCUGGCUCCAAGAGAGAACUGCCGCUUCCCGCCGGGAAGAUCUCUCACCGCUGGAGAGCUGAGCAGGGCUCAGCGUACAACGGUUUCGGACAUCUUGAUCUUUUCUAUAGUGCUUCUUGGUGAAUAAUCAUAGCAUAUUGUGGUUUAGAAGAGCAACAGUGCACUAUAUCAGCUCUACACUUUAAACUGUGUUUAAGUGUAGCUUGGACCUGGGAAUACAUGUUAAAAGCACAACCAAAACAGAGCUUUAAUAUUUCAUUUAUAUGUAAGGCAAUAUGAAUUCUGAAGUUAGAAAUGAAAGUACUGACCCAACAAAUGAAUCCAAUCCCAAUGAGCACAUGCUGUGGUACCUGUAAAACACAAAAAAGUAAUAAAUCAGAUUGUGUGUGAAGGGUUUGGAGCUCCUUAGGACCUAAAGUGCUUAAAAUGUUUUGUGUGUUAUUUAUUAAAGACUACUCUUUGUGCUUAACCCUCUUGAAAUGUUGACACCCCCAUAUGUAAGGACUACUCACACACAGCCCAAAACAUCCCUGCAUUUACAAUGAAAUUUUUAAAUCACCACUUCUAAAGCAAUAGCAGAGUAUUAUAGAUUCCUUCUGCAACCCUAACUUCAUAAAUAAAGAAAUGGAAAUGAAAGCAAUUUCAGUGAGCCGAAGGAAAGUGCAGCAAUGCGUUGAUUUUUUUAGAUCUGAAGUUAUGUUCUUGGCUUUGCACUUUGUAUCUUUAUAAUUCCUAUGGCAGGCUGAGCUCU